AUGAUUUGGACAAAAGACCUCAUUGAUAUCCAACAGUUUUCAUUUGGUGGGGAGGAUCUUUUCUUGCGCCUUGUUUUUGAGGAAUCAGGUGAAGAUACAAAAGGAGCAGCAGUUGCUAUAAGUCUCACAGCCAUAGGUGGUUUGCUCUUCUUAGGUGGCUUCGUUUUUUGUUUAUACAAGUGUAGGACAUAUAAGAAAGGAAAGAAAACGAAGUUGAAUCACUUCAAUUCGGAGGAUCAAAUUGUUUUGGGGGACAGACAAGAAGAAGAUGAUCUUAGCAAGGAGUCAUUUGAAUUGCCUAUAUAUAAGUUUGAACAAAUUAUAACUGCCACUGACAACUUCAGCUACAGAAAUAAACUUGGUGAAGGAGGAUUUGGGGCAGUUUAUAAGGGAAUGUUAGAUGAUGGACAGCAGAUAGCUGUGAAAAGGCUGUCAGGUCACUCUGGACAAGGAAUUGAAGAGUUUCAGAAUGAAAUCGUGUUGAUUUCUAAGCUCCAACACAGGAAUCUUGUUAAACUUUUGGGUUGCUGCUUUGAAGGGAAAGAGAGAUUGUUGAUUUUAUGA